CUCAAUUCUAAGGUCAGUGGUAUGGUCUCAUUGUGAGUGGUAAAACGCUCAGUUUCUUCUAACUAAUACCUACACCAUCGCUUGCUUGGUUUGGGGGCUUGCCCAGCUUUUCCCAAAAUUACACUCCGUCAUAAUCAAGAAGAACUUAUAGGGUGCCUAAACGUCCCUAUGAUAACGGAACCGCAUUUACCCGGUACUAGGCGCCACUAGUAACGCAAUUGACCCUGGUUUGACUUUACGCUAAUCGCUGAGUGCGGCAAUCCACUGCUCACCAUACGGCCUAAGAGCGAAUCGUUGAAUAAGAAUGGAAGUCCAGUCUGCUGGUACAAACAAACGGCGCAGCCUUGCAGAUGUGCUCCAUCAGCUUGACCUCAGUGCCUGUGACACGCUGGUCAGUUGCUUGCCAUCAUCCGAUCGUGAGCAAGCACGACUGGUAUGCCGCCAGUUGCGCCGGACAAUUGACAACAGCAUUUGGGAGGUGCAUUUGGGAGUCAAGGCAUCCUGGGCGCAGGACUGGCAAACAGGGGAGAUGCCCUCGCUCGCCACCUUCCCCCGUUGCAGCAGCGUCGGAGUCACUUUAAUCCACAACAGUGAAAUUUCCCCAGCCGAUAUGGCAGCUUUGCUGCUGCUGCCAUUCAUCCGCGAGCCGCUACCCGUCAGGCAACGCAUCACACGCCUCGUCGUGGACAGACUAAUAGGUGUCUGGCUGCAGCGCAGCUGCUCCUGCGGAACCGCAAUGGCAGCUCUGGUGCACUGGCUGCCAUCCCUUCGCGAACUCAACUUUCGCGCCUUGGGCCCGGCCAUGUCGUACAACCCGCUCCAGCAGCGGCUCAUGUACCGCUCGCUCGCUUCACUGCCCAACCUGGACACCCUCAUCCUGCCCAGCUGUGGCGGCCUGGAACACAUUACCCCGCUACAAAACACACUGACCUGCCUCAAGGCGGGCAUGUUGGUUAGCCGGGAGCAACAGGGCCUGAAGAUCCUCAGCCAGGCGGCUGUGGCGGCCAUCUCACAGCUGCACAAGCUGAGGAAGCUGACGUUCUACGACUGCGGCCCUUUGCUGGCCCACGUUGACGGCAGCAGCGAUGACGCUAAUGAGGAGGCAGAUGAGGAGGAUGACGGUGCUGAUCCUUGGCCACCCAGCAGCCUGGCGUGGCUGCUGGAGCGCCUGCCGCCCUCCCUGGAGACACUGACACUGCACUCCGCGCCCGGAUCCAAAGGCUUCUACCAGUACGACAUGAACUUCCUGUUCCAAGACCGCGCCUGCAAGUCCCUGGCCGUCAAGUUCCACGACAUGUACGGGCAGGAUGAGCGGUACAGCCAGCUGCUGGCCAGCCUGCACCCCCUCGUCGAACAGCUGACGGCCUGCAACACCCCGAGGCUGCUGCCGCUGGGGCGACUGCUUGUCAACCAGGUGCACAUCCCGCAUGGGGUGACGCUGGCCACCGGGCGUGAGCUGCAGCCCCUGCGGCUGCUCAUGUCCCUGGCGGCCGCUGUGGAGGUGGAGACGCUGCAGGUGGAUGAGGGCGCAGAGGUGCUGUCGGCGGUGCAGGCGCUGGGGAAGCCGCAGGAGCUGAAGCUGACGGCUCGAGGAGCGCUCCGAGACAUGGAAUAUGUCCGGGAUGCGAACAACAGGGGCUGGUGGACCGGCCGCCUGGUACUCCGGGGCCCGCAGCACGCGGUUGCCCUCGCCGCUCCAGCAGCAGAAGCAGCAGACCCGACAGCAGCAGCAGCAGCCGUUGCAGCAGCCGCUAGUGAUGCACUCCCAACGGACCCAUUAUCAGGACUGCUGCUGCCGGUACCAUCACCGGAGCAACCAUGCAGCUGCCCGUCAGCCCAGGAGAUGGCCUGGAUGGUCCUGCACCGCUUGACGUUCGGCGCCGAUGAGUCGCGGCGGCAGAUGGCUUGCACCGCUGAGACCCUGCUUUACGGGUCUUGCUACGCGCCCAACAAGCUGCUGCUUCAGGGGUCUUCCAUUGGGGUCAUGCUUCAAGUACGCGCGGCUUUCCACGCAUUCCUAGCGCAGAUUGAGGAGGAGGCGCGGUCCCGAGCAAGGAGCAUGACCAGGCACAUCUUUGCGUACCAGGAGCUUCCAGCUGCCGCAGGCAUUCCCGCUGUGCUGCUCAUUUGCGAGGACGUGCAAGGCGCCGUGGACGCCGUUGUGGCAGCAGUCGCAGCAGCAGCCGCUGCUGGGCAGGAUCCCAGCGCGCUGCAGGUGGAGCGUGUGAGGGGAUCCACCAGCAGGCUGAGGCCGGCCGGCUGUGCCGCCUUCCUGAAGGCCCUCCAGGAGGAGCUUCAGGCGCUGUGGGACGAUGUGGCCGCCCGGCGCCGAGUGGGCGAGCGCGAGUGGCUGCGGCAGCUGCUGGAGGUGUGGGAGCAGCUGAGCGACCUGCCGCCGGCGGUGUCUUUAGGAGCGUCUGUGUAGCCGGGUGUGUUCAGCAUACUAGCAAGGAGCAGUGUAGUAAAAUACGGCACAAUACGGUAGCGCUGGAGACUGGAGCGCAUGUGGUCAGUGUUAUCAGUUGUCGAACGUUGCUGUUAGGACGCCGACGGCUGUUGGACGUAGGGGGCUGGAUUGAGCGGUGCGGGGCGAGCGUCUUCCGUGUUCAGUAGGUAGGAAGGAGGAUGUGGUUGCAAGGUAAUUUAGCAGUAUCAUGGUUGCAACCAAUGGCAAUGCAUGAGUAGGGUUAUGAGUGGUGUUCAGGACACGGCCUACGCCGCUUACGGCUUUUCCUGGUUUUAAGUUUCCAACUGAUCCCACUUGCUGGACUGGCCUUCACGGGUGCUGGAAUGCUGGUAGGAUAAGCAUGUCGUUGUAAUGGCUGGCCCUUGCACCGGAUACCAUGUCCAUCUACCGCUGCUUAUGUCGAAGUACCCAACGGUGUCUCAUCCCUGGAUGAAGUGGAGCAAAAGCAUGCGUGCUGGUGGCCUGUCCCGUACUCCGGACCUCCUAGGACGUUUUGCCAAUUGGAAGGGAUGCCAACAACAGGGGCUGGUGGACCGGCCGCCUGGUGCUCCGGGGCCCGCAGGACGCGGUUGCCCUCGCCUGCUUGUUCCUUAAGUGCAGGAUGCUUCGGAUUGAUACGUUGGUGUCAGCGACUUAGCUGCACACGUCGUAGGUUGGUUCGUGUGCCA